AUGUCUCAUGCAAAACAGCGAAAAAUUGACAGUUUUGUGCAAUCAACCGAAACUAAAUCGUCGAACACAAGCGACAAGCAACUGGACGGAGUGGACGAAGCAGAAGUACCCACUACGUCUACAGAGCCUGAUUCUACGAAUAGCAGUGAAGAAUCUAUCGCUGAAAUAGACGAAGAUUUUACGACCUUUGCCAGUAGUUCUGACAGUGGUCACAGUUUUGUCUCUUCUCUAUCAUCUGAGUUUGAUUCGUGUGUGUUAACAGUAACAGAAACACAAUUGUCAUCUGUGAAACCGAAUUCAUCGAAUGCAGCCAAAUCAAAUGCGUCCUUCGACGACAAGUCUAUUCAACGUGUGCCAGGGAGAGGAAAAAGAAAACGCGUUGUUUGUAAGGUAUGCUUGCCAAAUCUCGAAAUUGUGAAGCAUGCAUGUUACAGGGGAAGAGUGCCGCCAAUUUGUCAACCUGGAGGUACUGAAGCAAGAGAACAAACAAUCCAAGAACACUUGCAGAGCCCAGCGCACCAGCAAUGCCUCAAAGCAGAACGAUUAAAGAAACUUUCAAGUGUAGAAAAAUCUCAAUAUGUGCCAUUGAUGAAAAUGGUCAACUCACAACGACAGCAACUAGCCAAUAACAUUGGAUCGUUAAUAAUUCAUGUCUAUAAUGAUGCAAAAUGCUUAACAUCGUCCGCCUUUUCCUGGCCGUCUAGGGUAAUUGCUGCAAAAAUGGCUCAUGAGUUUGAUUGCAAUAAACCAUUUAAUUCGUACAGUCCUACCAAUUUCGACCUGCAAUAUAUUAGACCACCAGUUGUGCAGGAACUUUUACGGACUAUAGUGUCUGCUGAUUUGCCAAGAAUCAAGAAGGAAAUUGAUUCAUGCAUUGCUGCAUCUUUUC